UUACGUGAAGGAGAUAUAAAAGCUAUUACCCUCAUAGACGAACAUGCAAAACAAUUAUCUAAUUCUAUGUUUGCAUACACAGAGUAUCUUGGAUGUUCUUUGCGGAAUGGAUGCCGCAAAGGCAAAUGUGGUUGGAAAGGUCGUAUUGUAGUUCCUCGUGACAAACCACUUAACUUAUGUAACAUUGAAUAUCACGGAAGUCAUGAUCCAGAACAUGUUCGAAAAAAGCCACUUCGAAUGACUAAUUCAGUUAGAAAAACAAUAUCAAAUCGAGCUACAAACGUAACUCCUUCGAUACUGGCAACAGAACUAAUGAAUGGUGCUAAGAUUUUAAGUACAACUGCCACCACACCAGAAAACCAAGUGCCACCAACAUCUACCCGGUUUGUUCCUAAUCUUGAGGCAAUUCAAAAUGCACUUAAAUAUGAUAAAAAAUUGCAUUAUCCAAGUGUAUUAGAAUAUGAAAAA